GAGAUGCCCCACCCCAUCCCCGAAAAAAAAGGAACGAAAAUCGUGUGUUAAUUGUAAAAUACAGUAAUUUACGAGGUACCUUGAAUGCGGCAGAUGAUCUUGUGGACACGGUAGUAGGUAGCGUCGUAUUUAUUGAGGUGUUUCCUGGUAGGUUUUGUCCGAGGAAGUCUGGAUCUCACUCACGUCUUUCUACUUUUGAUAAACGUGGAUCAACACGGAUCAUAAACAGUGGGUUCUGAUAGUCGUAUGGGACAAAACAGGUAGAAAUACCAGUUUCGUUAAUGCAGUUUACAAUAUUGUUAACCACUUUUGUAAUUACCUGCUAGUUAUUUUUUAUCUGUAUAUGUCAGAAAUAAUAAUUGAUAGUGAUGAUUAGGUGAUAAUUAAAGUGAAACCAAUCUGUAUAUGUCAGAAUGGUUACACUUUAAUUAUCACACAAGACACCUAAUCCAACAACUUUACCUUAUAAAUCUCAGAACAAGACUGUUGUCGUUCCCAAGAUUUCGGGUCUGCUCCUUUUUUUGUCACAGGCGUUCAACAACAACCAAAGCGCAAAAAAAUAGUGUGAUCCCAAAUGAGGAGGAACACAAUUUUUCCUCUGCACAUUAGCACAUUUUAAUGUUUUACUUAAUAAAAUUGGCUUGUUUGUAGUCAUAGAAGCAAUACAGUUAUGUUUGUGAGCCUGGGUAUGGGAAUCGAUGUUGAAACGGUGCCGGAAGUCGGCGACAUGCCGGCGUAUAAAUGGAGCGGACCCUGUGUGUUUAUAAACUGUGUCCAAGUUCGCAGGAAGGCACCAUGACUUCACCUGUCUGUGUGAUCGUGGUGGGAGCUGGUUCCAGAGGGGAUAACUACUCCCAGUUUGCAUCUAUUCACCCUAAACGCAUGAAGGUUGUUGCCGUAGCUGACCCAAGAAAGUUUGCGCGCACCAAACUGCAACAGCAGCACAAAAUCGAUGAUAAAAACGUGUUUGAAGAUUGGCAGAGUGUUGCUGAAAGGGAAAAGUUCGCAGAUGCUGUCUUAAUUUGCACUCCAGAUCGUGUUCAUAAGGAUCCUGCUGUGGCCUUCGCAAAGAAGGGUUACCACAUUCUUCUGGAGAAACCGAUGGCUACAACUGCAGAGGACUGCACAGCGAUAGUGGAGGCUUGUACCCAAAACAGUGUCAUGCUGUCUGUGGGUCACGUUCUGCGGUAUGACCCACUUAUUCACAAGAUAAAGGAGCUCAUAGAUGCUGGAGUGAUUGGUGAUGUGAUCCAUAUACAGCACCUAGAGCCAGUUGGCUUUUAUCAUUUUGCUCAUUCAUUUGUUCGAGGAAAUUGGAGGAACGAAGCAGAAAGCUCUUUUGCCCUACUUGCAAAAUCUUGCCAUGACAUUGACCUAAUACAUCACUGGGCCGGAGCGCGCAGAUGUGUAAAAGUGUCAUCAUUUGGAUCCGUCAGCCACUUCCUGAAAGAUGAGAAGCCAACAGGUGCUGCAGAUCGCUGCCUUGAUUGUUCAGUAGAAGGACAGUGUCCAUACUCAGCACGCAAAAUCUACCUGGACAGAGUCAAACAAGGUCAAACUGGAUGGCCGGUAUCAGUCAUAUGCCCGAACUCAUUACCCGACAUCGAAUCAGUAACCGAGGCUCUGAAGACUGGACCGUACGGCCGCUGCGUCUACGAGUGUGACAACGAUGUCUGCAGUAACCAGGUUGUCAACAUGGAGUUUGAAGGAGGGUUGACGGCAGCCUUCUCCAUGGUGGCUUUCACUGAGGAGAUAUGCAACCGAAAAACAACCAUUUAUGGCAGCAAGGGGGAGCUGUCCUAUAGUGGCCGCGAGAUCCGCGUGUUUGACUUUCUGACCCAGAACACCACGAAGCACACAGUGAGCAGCGACGCUGUGAAACACUACGGCAUGGGUGGGCACGGGGGGGCGGACUACCACCUCAUAAACGCCUUCAUUUCUGCUGUGGCAAACAACGAUCCGUCCCUGAUUCGAUCGGGACCUGAGGAGACCCUGGUGAGCCAUUUGCUCGUGUUUGAAGCUGAGCGAUCGCGAGUGGAGAACAGGGUGGUGUACUGCGGGGGCUGUAACUGAACCUAGAAUAUGACAAAACGUUAGGAUGUUUGUUAUAACUACUGAAGAACAAAACUGGUUAAUUAUACCGGCAUGAAAGGACCAAAAUCUUGAAUGUAGUUUUAAUACUUUGACAUAUUGGGUGAAGUGAAUGCAUUCUAUUGACAGCAUGUUAGCUGCUCAGCAUAAAUACACAUUGGUAUCAUUGUUUACAAAACAAAAAAACAACAUUUAUUGAA